AUGGUUUCAACAGAAGAAACAACACCUGAACUAGACAAAGGAAAAGAAUGGUUUAAAACAACAGAGUCUCUCUUUGGUAGACUUCAUCUUAAAGUCAGACACUGUAAUCUGAAAGCUGCAGAUGUUGUUCAGUUAACUGAACAUUCAUUACGGUCCUAUGAGUCUUGUCCUGAAGAAGAGCUGAUUCAGACUUUCGUACAAAAACUACUGAUGAUGAACUACAGAGCAAGAUACAUUCAUGUUAAUAAGGCAAGUGAACAGGAUCAAACAGAACAAAGAGACUUAACUGAAGACAGCAGUGAUAUAUUUAAAGCAGUGUUUUUGACAAACAAAGGAACAAGCCAACCUGACCCUGUUCACCCGAUGGAUGUUCAGAUGGCUGUGUUUCAUUGUGCUGACGGUUUCCUGAAGCAGCUGAUGGUGACUAAACUGUCCCAGUGUCAGUACGCUCUGCCUCUGCUUGUUCCUGAUCCAUUCACACAACAGAUUGAGUUUCCUCUCUGGACAUUCAGACAAAUCAACAAGAGCUGGAAGAUGACAAACACCAACAAUGAAAUCAUCAGUCAAACCCAGCCGAUCUACAAGGCAGAAACUUCAAUGGUGUUUUUCUUCAGGUUUGGCUCUUUAUCUUCAUCCAAGUCUCAGCUGAUGAACAGUCUGAUCAAUGAGAGAUACAACACAUUCUUCCACAGGAACUGCGCAGGCAGCAGCAGAACCAGAGUCCUGAUGGAUGGAGUGGUGGAGAUCACCUGGUUCUGCCCCUCUGGAAAAUAUGAUGAUAAAUUCACUGAGUGUGUUGCAUUCUGUAAUCUACACGGUGAUGCAGGAGACCAUGAGAAACAGCUGCAGAUCCUCACUGAAAUGGCCUCAGUUAAUGUUGUUCUUCUACCACGACUGGACAGGGAUGCCAAACAUGCAGCAAAGAUGCAAAACCUGUACAGGAACAGAAAGCCUCUCAUUUGUCUAUUUACUGAGGAUGAUUCAGUUCUCACACUGAUGCAAAAAGGAAAAUAUAAAGUUGGUUUGAAAGACAGAUGUCAGCCAACUGUUUCUGAUGAACUCAGAAAAGCUAUAAAAGAAUGUCUUUCAGAAUCAUCUUCCACUUUCAGACUUGAAGAUGUGUCCAAACACUCAGACAUCAGAGUAGAUGAGGAAGAUGAUAAUGACUGCAGAAGAGGAAGAGAAGCAGCACAGCAGAUGAUGAGUUUACUGAAGAAGAAAGAUCUGAUAGAAAUCAAAGAAUCAUUUCUGCCUCAUCAGGGGAAACUGUGGCAUCAGUGGAGUCAGAAGAACAAAGAACUACAUCGACCUCGAGCAGAUGAGACAGAAAUGGAAAUAAGUAAAAAACACUCAGCGAUUCUGAAAAUCCGUCAACAGCAGCAUGAAUGUGAAAUCAGUAACUUUAUGAAGCUCUUCAUUAAAGAAAUGAGCUCGCAUGCUGAACGUAAGAUGUUUUUCCUUAAAUGGCUCAGAAUCCUCUUGGAUGAAUACACUUCUGCUGAUCUUUCUGCUCUACAUCACAAAUAUUAUGAAAAAUGGUUAACAGUUUUAAAACUGAAAGAAAAACAAGAUGAAUGUGAGAAAAUAAAAGAUGAACAAGCACAACUUGAGAGAAUAUCUGAGGAUCUUCAAGCUGCAGCCUUUGGUUUGGAGCACAUCAUGAGGGAGAUCAGUCAGAUCUAUGAAUCAUGUUUAUCUAUAAAGAAAAGCAAGAAAGACCUGCAGUUUCACUUCUCUUCUCUCCCAAGUUUUGCAGCAGAGAUGAUGAUCUCUGGAUUUCCACUGGAGCUGAUGGAUGGAGAUGCUGCUCAUGUUCCUGUGAUCUGGAUCUCUGCUGUUCUAGAUCAACUCAAACAGAAACUGGGAGACCAGAGAGUCUUUGUUCUGUCAGUUUUAGGGCUACAGAGCUCUGGGAAAUCCACCAUGCUGAAUGCCAUGUUUGGACUCCAGUUUGCUGUCAGUGCUGGCAGGUGCACCAGAGGAGCUUUCAUGCAGCUGGUCAAAGUGUCUGACGAGAUGAAAACACAGAUGAACAUUGACUAUAUUCUGGUUGUUGAUACUGAGGGUCUUUGUGCUGUCGAACUCGGAAGAUCAACAAGACAUCAUGACAAUCAAUUGGCCACAUUUGCUGUUGGUAUUGGAAAUCUGACACUGAUCAACAUCUUUGGAGAAAAUCCUGCUGAGAUGCAAGAUAUUCUUCAGAUUGUUGUUCAGGCUUUCAUGAGGAUGAAGAAGGUCAGACUGAAUCCCAGCUGUGUGUUUGUGCAUCAGAACGUUACUGACAUUACAGCUGGAGAGAAAAACAUGGAGGGAAGGAGGCGACUACAGGAGACACUGGAUGAGAUGACAAAACUUGCUGCUAAAGAUGAAGUCUGUGAAGCAGAAUGUUUCAGCGAUGUCAUUAGAUUUGAUGUUCAGAAUGAUGUGAAGUAUUUUGCUCAUCUCUGGGAGGGCAGCCCACCCAUGGCACCACCAAACCCAAAUUACUGUGAGAAUAUUCAAGAACUAAAAGAAACAAUUAUGUCUCAUGCCUCAAAAUCAGAUGAAAUUAUGCUGAUAGACUUAAAAGAUCGUAUUAAAGAUCUCUGGGAGGCUUUACUAAAUGAACGAUUUGUCUUCAGCUUCAAAAAUUCUCUGGAAAUUUCAGCCUACAGGAAACUGGAGACAAAAUACAGCAAGUGGUCCUGGAGUCUUCGCAGUGCCAUGCUGGAAACUGAGAACAAACUACACAACAAAAUUGAAAAUGAAACAAUUAAUGAAGUUGAGGAAACUGAUCUUCAAAGAGAACUGAAGACGACAAGUGAAGAAGUGAAAAAAUCAAUGUCAGAGUUCUUUGAGAAAGACACAGAUGCAAAUAUACUGAUUCAGUGGAAAACAUCAUUUGAAACCAAAAUCAAAGAUGUUGAAGAAAAUGUUGUGAGAGGAACAAAAAGGACAUUAAAUGAGAUUCUUCAGCAGCGAGACCUGAAAAAAGAAAUUGAUGCUCAGAUGACACAUCAUGAAAAUACGCUCUAUGAAAAGAGCAAAGAACUUGCCCUAAAAAUGAAAUACAAACCAAAAGACGAAGAAACACUGCAGAAAGAGUUUGAUUUGUUCUGGGAAGAGAGUGUGAAGAAGAUCAGGAGAGACACCCAUUCAGUCAAACACAUUGAUGCAUUGAGGGAUAUGAAACUCCUCCUUAGUGACAUCUAUGAAGGAAGUCUCCCUACAGACCACUGGAAAGAGGGUAGUGAGUACAAGGAUAUUUUUACUGUGUCGAGUUACUCAGAAUAUGUUGUUUUCAAAAAGUCCACCAAAAAAGGAAUUACAGAGGGUGUAAAAGAGGGUUACAGAACAGUUAAAGGAACAUUGAGAUAUACUCUGAAACUGUCUCCAGUAGAUGAAUCCCAAAUAAGAGUAUUAGUCCAAGACAUUGUUCAGCAAACAGACAAUUUGAUUCAGUCAUUUAACAUUUCAAAGAUGGGCUACAACAUCAGUUGCAUUCAACAACUCACAGAUUACAUCAUUAAUAAAGUAAAACAACAUCAGGAAGGACCAGUGAAAUAUGUCUUCAAGAAUCAAUUCUUUAUGGAUUUAGUUCUUUCCAUCUGUACGAGAGCAAACAAAAUGAUCACUGACCAACACAGAAUGUUUAGGGAAGCCAAUGAUCCUAUGUUAUAUGUGGAGAAGAAGAGAGAAGAGUAUUAUAGCAUUUUCCAGACAUACUGUCACGGAGCAACAUCAGCUGCAAUUUUUGGCAAGAUCAUCUGUCAGAAACUUAAAGAGCCCAUUGAGCAGAGUGUCUACAAGAAGACUUCCAGAGAUCUGACAGAUGAAAUGAGAUCAAACUGUGAAUCACUGAAUGGAAACAGAUCAAAACUGGAGAAACACAUCCUGAAGACACUAGCAGAAGUGGAAGAUUUUGACAAAUACAUGAACUACAUGAAUAAUCCCAGAGAUCACUUCAAGAGUUUCAUCAGAGAUGAAGUCAGUCGCUACAUCACUGAUAAGUUCAGUGUCAGUGUUUUACCCAAGAUGAAGGAGAACAUUAAACUCCUGCAGCAGAAAAUCAUGAAAGCAGCUCAUGAAUCUACUGAACAUGUUCAAGUGAACAGUGGAGAUGUUGGUUUGUGGUUGAAGAGUUUCACACAGCAGCUCUCAGAUGAGCUGAUCUUCUCUGAAAAAGACCUCAGUGGAGUGAAGCAUGAUGAUGUUGAUGAUUUCAGCCUCCUAGAAGACGUCAUAAGAGAAGAAAUUAUUGUUAUAAUGUUCGACAUCAGCAGUAGAUUUAACACAGAGACAUUUCCAGUGAAUCUGGACCAUAAGUUCAGGCCAGAUGAGAUUCUGAUUGAUCACUUCUGUCAGUGCUGUUGGGUUCAGUGUCCGUUUUGUACAGCCCUCUGCACCAACACCAUAGAAAACCAUGAUGAGGAUCACAGUGUUCAGUUUCAUCGUAGUAUUGGACUAAGUGGGAUACAUUACAAAAAUACAUCUAACUUGUCUACUCAUAUCUGCACAUCAGCAGUAGCAAACAGCAAUCUGUAUUUUUAUCCCUACGACUCAGAGGAUAAAAUCCCCUGGACAGAAUACAGGAGAGCAGGAAAAGUUUAUGCAAAGUGGAGCAUCACCCCUGAUCUCUCUGUACUCCCCUACUGGAAGUGGUUUGUUUGCAGAUUCCAGAAAGAUCUGGAAAAGCACUACAAUAAUAGAUUUGAGGGGAGUGGUGAGAUUCCCCGUGAAUGGAGAGCAUACUCAAAACAAGAUGCUUUUGAAAGUUUGGAUAAAUACAAUUAAUUAUUACUAGGGGUGUCGCAAUAUACUGGUAUUGACGAUAAUCAUGAUAUCCAAACAUGAAAUAUCUGCAUUGUGUUCAUUUAGCAUGUGACAAAUAUACCGGUAUUGGAGAUAAUAUGAGUAGGACUCUUAUGUUAACACGAUGAGUAAAUACUUUAGCGCCAGUAUAAUAACAUAAUUUUUUAUGUUUAAUUAGAGUAUGUUCACGUUCAGUGAAGUUGAGUUGUGAAUUUACAAUACACUGUGUAUGUAUGAAAUGUAAUAAUGAAAAUGUAUUUUAAUUUAAAGCCUGAUUCGGACGGCAAUUGUUUCUUAUGGGGAUGUAGGCUAUUUUCAUAAUUUACAGGGGGUAGUCGAUUUUAUGAUUUUAUUGCCAUCCGAAUCCAGAAUGUCUGUGUUUAUCUCUCACCACCAACAUAAAAAUCCCUGGCCAAAUUAUAUGAGGCGCCAUGUAGGAUUUAAAUCAAACUUCGCUUAUCAAUACAUACAUAAAACUUGCAU